AAUUAUGUUUUAACUGUCCAUAUUCUACUGUAUAAAUCUCCCACACCAACAACAUCCCCAGUAUAUAAUCUUAUUACUAGCUAGGUAGCCAAGCAAUGACUCAUGAGAGUUGAAGUCUUCAUUUUUGUGCUCUUGAAAAGCUACAGCUUUGUACAAUCUAAAAGAUGAUAAACAAGAGAAUAUCUUGGUUUUGGAUUAUACUCCACUUACUUAACCUUUCAGUUUCACAGGCUAGGCCUAUUUCCAGACAUCACCUAACUGCUGUUGUUAUAGGGACUGUGCUCUGUGAUGCUUGCUACCUACAAGAUUUUUCAAAGGCUAGUCACUUCAUUCCAGGAGCUAUUGUUGCAGUAGAAUGUGCAAAUUCAGGUAAAAGGUCAAGUUUUUACCAGGAAGUGAAGACAAAUAAGCAUGGAAAAUUCAGUGUACACCUUCCUUUCUUGGUGGACAAAUAUGUCAAGCAAAUUAAAGGAUGUUCGGUUAAGCUGAUCAGCAGCAGCAAGCCACAUUGUGCUGUGGCAUCACCAGCAACUUCAUCUUCCUUCCAACUCCGCUCGAGGAAAAAAGGGAUACAUAUUUUCUCUAAUGGAUUCUUCACUUUCAAACCUGUCAACCAACCAAAGCUCUGCAACCAAAAGCCAAGUAGCCAUAGUACCUACAACAAAGAAGUAUAUCUGGAGAAUUCUUUAACUUCAACUCCUAAUGAUCCCACAUUUUCUCAACCAAUUCACGGUACACCAUCAAGUUUUACUACCAUAAAACAAGGAUUGCUUCCACCUCUUCCAAGAUUGCCUCCUCUGCCGGAGCUCCCUCCUCUACCACCUCUUCCAUUAUUUCCACCAAUUUUUCGUCCACCUCCAACGUCUCCACCUUCAACAUUUCCUCCAUUUAUUCCACCACCUCUACCAGUUUUAACUCCUCUUUCACCUCCAAUGUCUCCACCUUCAAUAUUUCCUCCAAUUAUCACAACACCUAUACCAGGUUUAACUCCAUUACCACCACCACCUCCGCCACCAACAUUCCCUCUCCCUCCGUUCCCAUUCCAUCCCAUACCUGGCUUCCCUGGAGUUCCUCCUGCUACCACUUUAUCUCCAGAGAAAAAGAACUCUCCUUAGUCCAAACACAAAUAUAAAAACACCUGCAAAUAGCUAGUAGUUUACAUCAAACACUAUGUAUAACUCUCAAUCAUUCUCUUGGGUUCAAGGCUGAAUAAAGAAACAAAGGAGAUAUAUUGAAGACUUGGUGAUAAAGCAAUAAAAAACAUUAAGCUGGCGUUCUAAAAGACCUUUUUCUUGUUACUUCCUCUUCAUGUUUGUAGGUUUGUUGUUUAGAAAGCAUAUAAGAUGGGAUAUGGCAAAGUGAUUGUAUAAUAUCUAAUAGUUCUUCAAUAAAAUCUACUACUAUUAACAUGUGA